CUCCUCCUCCGCCCGUCCCCUCUGUCGCCGGGCUCAGGUUGGCCGCGAGAGCGGUGCGAAGAUGGUCUCCGUGCUGCCCAAGGUGGAGCAGCUGUCGGCGCGGGUGGUUCGCGUCCUGGGCUGUAACCCCGGGCCUAUGACGCUGCAGGGGACCAACACCUACUUGGUGGGAACCGGGCCCAGAAGGAUCCUUAUAGAUACAGGACAGCCAUCUAUUCCUGAAUAUAUAAACUGUUUGAAACAAACACUUCAUGAAUUCAACAUUUCCAUCCAGGAAAUUUUAGUAACUCAUUGGCACUAUGAUCACUCUGGAGGCAUAUCUGAUAUUUGUGAAAGCAUUCCAACCAGUUAUAAGUAUUGCAUAAGUAAGCUUCCCCGUAACCCACAUCAAGAAGAAGUAAUAAAUGGAAAGCAGAAUUAUGUGUACUUAAAAGAUGGAGAUGUUUUGAAUACAGAAGGAGCCACUCUCAGGGUAUUAUACACCCCAGGGCAUACAGAUGACCACAUGGCUUUACAUCUGUUAGAAGAAAAUGCCAUAUUUUCUGGUGAUUGUAUCUUAGGAGAAGGAACAGCUGUGUUUGAAGACCUUUAUGACUACAUGAAAUCUUUGGAAAAGCUCCUGGGAAUUAAAGCUGAUUUAAUAUACCCAGGACAUGGUCCAGUAGUAAAAGAAGCAAGAGCUAAAAUUCGGGAAUACAUUUUACAUAGAAAUGCACGUGAGCAGCAAAUCCUACAGGCCCUGGAUGAGAGUGCUGGGAAAUCUCUCACAACAGCGGAACUUGUGAAAAUUGUUUACAAGGAUGUAUCUGACCACUUGCAUAAAUUUGCAGAAAUUAAUCUCAAACAACACUUGAAGAAACUAGAAAAAGAAGGGAAAGUGUUAUAUGAAAAUUCUAACUUCAAGUGGAAAAGCGUUUUAUAAAUAUGGCACAUUUAUAAGUUUGACAAACAUAUGCUCUUCUAUAUUCUGAACUUAAAAGCACUAACAUUUAUCUUUUGAUAGAAAUUUUAAAAAAAGCUUCGCUCUAAUGGGAAAUGCAUAAGUACUUCAGUCUGAUCUAAUGAGAGAGUGAGGCCAUUAAAUUUGACUAUGUUUUUCUGCUUUUCAUCAAAAUGAAUAAAAUAAAGGCCAGUUGUUCAGUAUCA